AUCAGAAUAUUAGUCUGCUACGAGUACGUGUAACAAGUGAGAUAUAAGAGGAUCGAAGAUAUAUCGAUUGAGACAGUCAAAGUUAGUGUUAAGAGAUAAUCUUCUUUGAUUUCACUAAUGUAAAAAACUAGGUUGAUGAUUCAUCGUUAAAUUACGUUGACUUAUUUGCUCAUCUGUUACAAUCCAUAAAUUCGUGCAGUACAUAUUUUUCGCUUUUAGACAGUAAUGCAAAACGAAGCCAAACGAAGGAAAGCAACUGCCCCUGAAAAUUCAGAGUUGAACAAUAUGGCAAAUUCAGAUAAUUAUGAAAAUAAAUCGAACAAAGACUGUCAGCAGAUGUGUACUCAGAUCGAAGGAGACAGAAAAAACAUAGCACUUUUAAUGUUUUUGUAUGUUCUACAAGGCAUUCCAUUAGGUCUUGCAGGGGCUAUACCCUAUCUAUUAUCAACUAGGAAAGUAUCAUAUAAUGAUCAAGCCCUGUUUAGUUUUGUAUAUUGGCCAUUCUCAGUGAAGUUAUUGUGGGCUCCUAUUGUGGAUUCUUUAUAUAUUACCUCGUUUGGAAGAAGAAAAUCGUGGCUAGUUCCCGUUCAGUAUCUUAUUGGGAUUUUCAUGUUGGCUUUAUCCCUAUUUAUUUCCCAAAUAAUGGACGAAGGCAAUUUGAACAUAUAUUUACUGACUGCUAUCUUUUUCCUCUUGAAUUUCUUGGCUGCUACCCAGGAUAUUGCUGUUGACGGAUGGGCUUUGACAAUGCUUUCUAGACAAAAUGUAGCCUGGGCAUCGACUUGUAACACUGUUGGUCAAACAGCAGGUUACUUUAUAGGCAAUGUAGUAUUCUUGGCUUUAGAAUCGCCAGAUUUCUGUAAUAAUUUUCUUCGAAGCACACCAUAUCCUACUGGAAUUGUUACAUUGAGUACUUUUUUGAAAGGGUGUGGGAUUGUUUUUCUAAUUACAACGACUCUAGUGUCAGUUUUCAAAAAGGAAAGAAAUGCAGCUGCCGAAAAUAAUGAUGAAGAAUUUGGUUUAAUCGAAACUUAUAAAUUACUUCUAUGUAUAUUUAAAUUAAAGUCAAUUGGAAAGUUAGUUGUCGUUUUACUAACGUGCAAGAUUGGCUUUGCAGCUUGUGAUGCUGUUACUGCCUUAAAGCUUAUUGAAGGAGGUGUACCGAGAGAAAAAUUAGCUCUUUUUUCCAUACCAAUGAUACCAGUUCAAAUUAUUCUGCCAAUAUUUAUUAGCAAAUAUACUACUGGUCCAAAUCCCAUGAAUGUUUUCCUCAAAGCCAUUCCAUUUAGACUUUUAGGUGGAGCUUGGUUAGCCGUAUUAGUAUGGUGGGCACCUAAAACGGCUGAUGAUAAGGGUACAAUUGCCGGAUACUUCUAUAUCGUUCUUUUAAUAUCGUAUGCCCUUCAUCAAGUUACGAUCUAUAGUAUGUACGUAGCUGGAAUGAGUUUUAGUGCAACCAUCAGCGAUCCUGCAAUAGGGGGAACAUAUAUGACCUUGCUGAAUACAAUUUCGAAUUUCGGCGGUAAUUGGCCAGGCACUGUUGCCCUCUGGAUGGUGGAACCUUUAACAAUGAAAACUUGUCAAGCAGACGGAGGAUCGUGCGUUACUCGUAUCGAUGGUUACUAUAUUGAGUCAUUUGUCUGUUUUAUUAUCGGAUUUAUUUGGCUAGGUUGGAAGGCCAAAACCGUUAGAGAGUUGCAGCAAUUAAGAAAGGAUGAAUGGACAAUCAAGAAAACCGCGACUAAACCAUCUUUGUGA